AUGGCUGCUGCUGCUACUGACGACGACGGCUGGGUCAACCUGGCCAUGAACGACGAGGCGGCGGUCGUCGACGUUCUUCUCCUCCUCAGGCACGCCGAGCCGCCGCGGCCGUCCAAGACCAGCCGUGACCUUCCGUCUCUGCGGUGGAGCGUUAGGCAGCGCCGCUCCAAGAACGUGCCACGUCAUCACCAUGCCAGCGACCUCGUCGUCGUUGAGGGUAAGGAUAAGAAGAAGGGCGAGUCGAGCGCCGCCAGAGCCAGCCCCACCACGCCGCUCUCCUGGAGCGGCGCCACUUCGGUCAGCGGCGGCGCCCUCGACGGCUCCGAAGAGUCCAGCAGGGCCCCCAAGCCGACCGAUGCCGCGAGAUCUAAGGUUGCUGUUAGAAGUGAAGCAGCCAUCUUCAAGAGACCAAGAAAGAAGAAGACGCUUGCUGAACUAAAAGAGGAGGAGAGUUUUCUGUUGAAGGAAAGACGAAACUUGAAAAAUCAACUGGCAACACUACGCCUCACUGUUGAAAAACAGAGGGCCACAAAUGAAAGCUUGAGAAAAAUGGAGCUUGAUUUGCAGUUGCCCCUGACAACGAUGAAAGCUACAACUUCUGUUGUGCCUGGUGAAUCCAUUUUGUACAAACUUGAGCAAGUAAAUGCAGUUGGUGUCCCUACAAAAAUCAUGCCAACAAUUGUUCAUUGCAGUAAUCUUGGCGCUUCCCAAAGCUCCUGUCCACCAAAUGUUUCUUGCAAGAUAGAAGAGGCUGGGAGCCAGGAUGCUGCCUUUUCGCUACCUGAUUUAAAUCUACCAUUUGGAGACGACCCUAGCUCCGAGGUUUUAUACCGAACGAGCUGA